AAAAAAAAAAAAAAAAAAAAAACGGCUUAUCGCUGUAAUCGCUACACUCCGUUGGAAGGCGAGUUUAAAGACAGUCUGGAAAGAUGAACGCCAAUAUUUCUUCCUGAUUUUUUGCUUAACGUUUUAAAAAGAGAGCAUGCCAACGUUGGCUAACUUGUUUAAAGUUUGCUUGCUCGUUGGCGGUCAUCAGAUAAGAGCAACUUCUCCAAAGUCCUCGCCCUUCAAACUCCACAAGGAGUGUAUCUUUCACUGUUGCUGGACUUUGUAGAACACCAUCAUGGUGCUGAAGAUUUUCUUCCCCCAGUGCUGCAACACUGCUGAAAGUGGCCUGCUGGUUGGGUGCUGGAUCCCAGGUCACAAUUCUGCUGUGGUACUGGCUGUCAUCCACUACCCGUUCAUACCGGGUCAGGUGAAGAAAUACUUGAGUGAGAUGCAGAGCCAGACACAAGUGGAUCUUACUGUCCUGGGUUCCUGGAGUAUGCCCAAAGAAGGACAAGAAGGAAUGGACAGUUUUCUCAAGGACCUGAGUACCAUCUUUCCUCAGAAAUGUUGGCUGCAGUUGAGCCGUGAGAUUGGAAAAAGAGGUUUUACUUGCCAGGUGGUCCAAAACAAUGGGAAACUUCUCAAAGACCAAGAACAAAAGAAUGUUGAUAGCAGCAGUGAGAAAGAUAAGAUCAUCCUCAUUCAUUACGACCAGAGGAAGGUUAUGCUGUCCCAGCUUCACCCAGUAGAGGAGGUCAGCCAGAGGUCUGACAUUGAGCCCUCAGAGAUGCGUUUGGUCUUUCAGACAGUAGCUCAAAGUCAGCCUCUCUUUUUCCUGGACAAAUAUGAUGAUGGGCCUCUCAAGCUCACUCACUGGCAGUCUGAAGGCAGGGAAGGUAGUAUUAUUGUAGAGCUUCUGAAACAAGUUUCUGUUCCAGUCUGCAUCCUUCUAACCUGGUUACUGUCUCUAUGGCACUGGUUUUGUAGCUUCAGGAUUUUAAAAUUACGCCCAGUGUUGUUCAUCUCAAGCAAAUUGUCCACCCAUGUUCAGUCAGAAUACAGGGCAGGACAUUUCAAGACCAUUUUCUCCACAAAAAAAGCUACGACGCACAUGGAUUUCAUGAGAAAAGCAAACAUUUUUGUGUCCUUUCUUGUGGACAUAGCCCUUGGUUUGCUGCUUAUCUCGUGGCUCUACAGGGAGAAUCGCAUUGGCAAGCUUGCGAAUACUCUAGUGCCAGUGGCUGAUAAUGUAGCAAAGGAGCUGCAGGAGCUGUUAGAAUGGCUGAUGGGAGCUCCUGCUGGCCUGAAGAUGAACAGAGCUCUCGACCAAGUUCUGGGGAGAUUCUUCCUCUACCACAUCCAUCUGUGGAUCAGUUACAUCCACUUGAUGUCUCCUUUUAUUGAGAUGAUAAUGUGGUAUGUGGGCCUCUCUGCCUGCUUGGGAUUGACCUUUGCUCUUUCCAUACUGUCCGACAUUGUGGCUCUUCUGACUUUCCACAUCUACUGUUUUUAUGUGUAUGGCGCCAGAUUAUAUUGCCUAAAGAUCUAUGGCCUCUCCUCCCUGUGGCGGCUCUUUAGAGGAAAAAAAUGGAACGUACUGAGGCAGAGGGUUGACUCAUGUUCAUACGACCUGGACCAGUUGUUCAUUGGCAUGUUGCUCUUUACGAUUCUGCUGUUCCUGCUGCCUACCACUGCACUGUAUUACCUAGUCUUUACUCUGCUGCGGAUGGUGGUAGUGCUUUUCCAGGGAGUAAUUCAUCUAAGUGUCGACUUCAUCAACUCCUUCCCCCUGUUUGCCAUCGGCUUACGUAUCUGCAGACCAUACAGAUUGGCAGAGGGGGUUAAAUUCAAGGUGCUUUGUCAGGACUCUGGAGCUCCUCUUCACCUGAUGAUGGAGAUUAACCCAUUGAAGUGCAGCUCUGUGCUGCAGCGUUACCGGGCACAUACCUAUAGCUGUUACCCUAAAGAUUCCUGGGCUGCUCUGUGUAAGAAACUGUUUGUAGGAGAACUUAUUUACCCUUGGAGGCAAAAGACUGCAAAGACAGACUAACCUUGAAGGGUCACGCAAGAUCCCCCUAGACAGACCACAGCCAGUCACCUGCACAAGCAGAGAGGACACUGGAAGGAGGUUCUCUUUUGUUUGGUAAAGUUAUUUUGUAUGAGGUGGGAGAUUUGAAAGGAAAUAAAGGGUUGGAGUACUCAAGAGAGUGGACUUCUCCCAUGGUCAGAUAUUUUAAGAUGCACUGAAUUUAAAGACUGUCUUAAUAUAUAUUUUUUUUUAAUAAUAGCAGAAAUAAUCCUACAUUGUUGUAAAUCUUCAUCUAUCCUUUUCUAAACAUUGAUCGGAAUCUUUAAUUGAAACUGUGAUUACUUUGUAUUUCUUUGAGAAUAGAUCCUGCUACUUUUGUAACAUUGAAGAUGUGCCAUUAAAAAUAUAUGUAUUACUUGUACCUUCGACAGUUAAACCAGUCACUGUAUCAAAACCAUAAUUUCAAAACAGUGAGGAUCAUUUCACCUGGAAGUGAAACUGUUGACCUUUGUUUUUUCAUUGUGUCCCACAAUGGCUCCUGUCAGCUCUCUGUAUUUGACCUAUCCUGGGCCAAUAGAAAGGGAAUGACUGGUAGAAAUGUGUCUAAAUCAGGUGUUUGUGAGAGUGGGGCUGUAUAUUUCAGAUAUUUAAGUGUCUAAUCUAGUAAAUGCAGAAUUGUUUAUGAAAUUAACCAUGACAAUGAGCCACUUAUGUCAGUAUUGCCAAAUUGUUGUUUUGUAGCUGUGGUUAUUAAUAUAACUUAAUCUAAUAAAAUCAAGAUUUGUAUAAUUCCAAAUGAACAUGAUCAAAAUAUACAUUUGUGCUGUUAAUUGUCAAGCACUUAAUUUAUCUCAAUAAAGUCAUUUCAUUAAAUCA